AUGGCUGAUUCUGGGCAACAUGGGGUUGCUGCCACUGCUUCUGACGAUCCCCUGUAUGGCCUGCUUGAUCCAUUGCCAUUCAUUAGAGAGGAGCAGGAGCAGCAACCUCUUGGUCCUGGUGAUAAUACUUCACCUCAUCCCAAUCAGCAGCAGGAGAAGGAUGCAACUGAGACUGCCACUGCCACUGGCAAUAAGCCAGUGGAUAAAAAGAGGAAGCAGAUAGUGGUAAGAUCUAAGGUUUGGGAUCACUUUGAACGUAUUGUUGAUGAAAAUUCUGGGAAAUUGCUUAUGGCUAAGUGUUUGUAUUGUGCUAGAGUCUAUCAUUCUGACACUAAAUUGAAUGGAACUUCAACACUUAGAGCACAUAGCAUUGCAUGUUUAAAAAACCCACACAGUAAAGACACUAGACAAGCCCUACUUACUUUGCAACCUGUUGUGAAAUGUGAAGAGGGGAAUGAGGGUCAGGGGCAGUUAGGAACCUGGAAAUUUUCACAGGAAGCUGUUAGAAACGCUGUUGCUUACAUGAUAAUAGUUGAUGAACUCCCUUUUAGAUUUGUAGAGGGAAUGGGGUUUAAAAGAUUGAUGAAUGUUGCAUGCCCUAGGUUUAACAUCCCAUCUAGAUGGACUGUUAAUAGAGAUUGUUACCAAAUGUAUUUAGAUGAGAAGUUGAAGUUGAAAACAAUUUUAAAAAACCAAAGUCAAAGAGUCUCUAUAACCACUGACACUUGGACUAGCAUUCAAAGAGUCAAUUACAUGUGUGUCACAUGUCAUUGGAUUGACAAUGAGUGGAAGCUGCAUAAGAGAAUUCUGUCCCUUGUCCCUGUUUGUGGUCAUAAAGGUGAUUAUAUUAGUAAGACUUUGGAAAAUUGUUUGCUUGCUUGGGGUUUGAAAAACAUUUUCACUGUGACAAUGGAUAAUGCUGGAAAUAAUAAUACUGCAAUUGCUGCUUUUAAGAAGAAAAUGAUUUCAUGGGGCACUGAUGUAUCUAAAUGUCAGUAUUUGCAUAUGAGAUGUAUUGCACAUGUAAUUAAUCUGGUGGUUUCUGAUGGCUUAAAAGAAAUGAAUGCAUCUGUUAAAAAGAUUAGGGAUUGCAUUAGAUAUAUUAGAAACAGUCCCUCUAGGCUUAAACAAUUCAAUGAUCUUGCCCAUGAGGCUAAACUUGGUACUAAAAAGUCUCUAUGUCUUGAUGUUGCCACUAGAUGGAAUUCCACAUAUUUGAUGCUAGACACUGCUUGUUUGUUUAAGUCUGUGUUUGAUUCUUAUGAGGAGGUGAAUGAAUCUUUUAGGAAUGACAUGAUUGAAAAUAUUCCUAAUAUUCUUGAUUGGCAAACUGCAAAAAAAUUUGCUACUUGUUUGUCUUACUUUUACAUCACCACUCUUCGCAUAUCUGGCUCAUUAUAUGUGACCUCAAACGUGCAUUUUUUGGAGAUAUGUGAUUUGUCAAUUAUGUUGGAUGAAAUGAUUGCUAGUGAGGAUGUAGAGAUAAAACAUAUGGGUAAAAAAAUGAGAGAAAAGUUCAAUAAGUAUUGGGGUGAUCCCCUUAAGAUAAACAAACUGAUUUUCUUCUCUUAUGUACUUGACCCAACUUCCAAGUUCAAUGAUUUGCUGUUUUCCCUUAGCAAUUUGUUUGGCCAAGAUCAUGGUAAAGUUGUAUUUGAAAAUGUUAAAUCUGAAUUGAAUGCCUUGUUUGAUGAGUACCAAAAUGCAUACUUGUCUGGUGUUAGUGGGUCUGGCUUUCAAUUUAGUUCUAGUCAGCCAAUAGAGGGACUUGUUUCUAAUCAAAUGCCAAUUCUGACUAUGCCCCCACCUGCUAAGAGGCAUACUUCUUUAAUGAAAGCCAAAUUUGCUGAGCAUAAUAAGGGGCAUGCUGAAACUGGGCCAAGGAAAUCUGAGCUGGAAACUUAUUUGAAUGAGGCCCCUGUUGAGAGUGAUGAGGAUUUUAAUAUCCUUAAGUGGUGGAAGCUUAAUGCUGGAAGAUUUCCAAUCCUUUCGAGGAUGGCUCGAGAUAUCCUUGCUGUCCCAAUUUCUACAGUAGCCUCUGAAUCUGCAUUCAGCACUUCUGGCAGAGUGCUUGACUGUUUUAGGAGUUCAUUAACUCCAAGAAUUGUGGAAGCCUUAGUAUGCACUCAGGACUGGCUCAGAGCUGAAAAUAUUCCUCUUGUCAUUGAAGAAUGUCUUGAUGAGCUUGAGCCUUUUGAACAAGAUUUGCCAAAAUGA